CGAUACUGUAAACAGGAAGUACUUUCAUUUUAUCUUAAAGUCCAGGUGGUGUCUGCUUAAGGGCCUAAAAGGCAGCAAAACCAGCCCAACUCCUGCUAAAUAGGCGCCGUACCACCAACUUGUUACGUGGAGCAGGAGUUGGCGUUCUUGACAACUACCGUGUCCCGUUUUGGCCCCUGAGAUGACCUCGCAGCAGCCUCAACUCCACGGCGGGGGCCUUCAUCACAACAACGACUCGGCGCACCACGCCCGGCCUCAGAUUCAGGCCCACCCGCUGGACUCCAACCACAGCGCCGGCGCCACCGCCGGCCGUACGGACAACCGAGCUCUCCCGCGCCGGCCGGGAUGCUCCCCGACCGGCGGCGUCUCCGCCUGCUUUGUCAACUCCAGCAUAUCCAGAGGGUCGAGGAGCUUCGAGCCCUGGCCCGAGGAGGCGGUGGACAAGUCGCACGGUUUGAACUCCCUCCACCGCAUGUUCGACAUAGUCGGGGCCCAGCUCACGCACCGGGACGUUCGGGUGCUGUCUUUUUUGUUCGUGGACGUGAUCGACGAGUACGAGCGCGGCGGCAUCAGGAGCGGGAGGGAUUUCUUGUUGGCCCUGGAGCGCCAGGGUCGCUGCGACGAGACCAACUUUCAACACGUGCUCCAGCUCCUGAGGAUUAUCACUCGCCAUGACCUGUUGCCUUAUGUCACGCUGAAGAGACGGCAGGCUGUGUGCCCAGAUCCUGUGGACAAGUACCUGGAGGAGACGUCGGUGCGCUACAUCUCACCAAGAGGAGCCAUGAAGAGCAGGGAAAGUGUGCCUCACAGGAUGACAGGUCCGUACGUUGGUCCGUCCCGCAUGAAAGCAGCAGCUCCGGUACCAAACGGCAGCUGGAAGAGAAGCCAUUCCUCCGCCGACUUCAGGGAGAAGCAAACGUGCGACAUCCGCCUGCGCGUGCGUGCAGAAUACUGCCAGCACGACUCUGCCCUGCAGGGCAACAUCUUCUCCAACAAGCAGGAAGCGGUGGAGCGGCAGUUUGAGCGCUUCAACCAGGCCAACACCAUCCUCAAGUCCCGGGACCUGGGCUCCAUCAUCUGCGACAUCAAGUUCUCCGAGCUCACCUACCUGGACGCUUUCUGGAGGGACUACAUCAACGGCUCGCUGCUGGAGGCCCUGAAGGGAGUCUUCAUCACGGACUCCCUCAAGCAGGCCGUGGGCCACGAGGCCAUCAAACUGUUGGUCAACGUGGACGAGGAGGACUACCAGGCGGGCCGGCGCAGACUUCUUUGUAACUUAGUGGCCAGCGGGGACCCCCCGGGAGGCAGUAAAGACUGCGUGUCGUAGUCCCCCCCCCGCCCCCAGGAAGGAGUACAAACUGAGGGAAAGAGAUGUUGCACAUGAGAUGUUUGUGUCUGCCGUGGAAGAGUCAGAGUAUAGCAUGCAAGGCGGCCAGGACUGUGUUGGCGUCAUCAAGGAGAGGCUUUUUUUUCCCUUUUAAUCCACGCACUUUUUGACCACAGGAGCAAACGGCCUCAAGCUGUCCAUGUAUUCACUUUUUUAGUUGUUGUUUUUUUUUUCCAGAUAAUUUAUUUUUUCAAGUCAAGUACGUUCCGUUCCGUAAAAACACCCUCAAGUACUUAAGGCUGGGCGAUACGGCUGCAAACUGGAUCGUUAUUGAUAUUUUUAUGACCUAUGGAAAGUAAGGAGCGGGAGAAAAAUAUAUAUUUUAUUUGAAAUGUAACUUCCUCUGCGCUAUCGAGGCAGAAAGGAAAUGUCAACACAAGCAAGGAAAACAAUAAUAAUAGAUUUUAUUUGUAAAAGCACUUUACAUUGAGCAAACAAUCUCAAAGUGCUACAGUGCAUUUAACAAAACAAGACAAAACAACGCUAGAACCACAAAUACCUACCCCCAACAAGUAAAAUAAAUAGUAAAAAAAUAAAUAAAAGCUAGAACAUCCUAAUACCGUAUUUUCCGCACCAUAAGGCGCCCUGGGUUAUAAGCUGCGCCUUCAAUGAACGGCAUAUUUCAAAACUUUGUCCACCUAUAAGCCGCCCCGUGUUAUAAGCCGCAUCUAACUGCGCUAAAGGAAUGUCAAAAAAACAGUCAGAUAGGUCAGUCAAACUUUAAUAAUAUAUUAAAACCAGCGUGAUGUGGGCGCGCAUGGAGUCGUAUAUCAACAUGGACGAAGCUGCGUGAAAAAAGCCACCCGGCCUCUUCGCGUAAACUUAAACUUACCUUAACCACUCGCUCAUCUUUUCUUCAUCCAUCCCUUCAAGUUAGCUUUUAUGAUGACGCCGGCUGGAAAGGUCUCUUUUGGCAAGGUCUUCCUUUUGAAUAUCACCAUGGGUGGAAGUUUCUGGCCAUUAGCAUGGCAAGCUAGAACCACAGUGAAGGAUGACUUCUCAUUCCCUGUGGUGCGAAUAUUCACCGUACGUGCUCCCGUUGUAUCCACAGUGCGGUUCACAGGAAUAUCAGUUGCUGUGAAAUAGUAAUCCGUGUGCGGAUGGAGAGAUUGCGUCUUUUCAUGAACCGGAAACCUGACGC